AGCUUGCUCUGCUCCAAAUCCACAAUUAAGUUUAAGCUAAACGAUGGAGAACCUAUUCACCCACUUCUUGCUUUGCAGUUUUUUCAUUGGUCUUGUUUUAAAUUUAUCCCCAGCAACAUCUCAGGAAGUUGAGGAUGAAAGCGAAUUCAGUUACGUAGAAGGGAGUGAGAACGGACCAUCUCGGUGGGGAGAGAUUCGCCCUGAAUGGAGCAUAUGUAGCAAUGGCUCGAUGCAGUCUCCUAUUGAUCUCUUAAGUGAGAGGGUUGAGGUUGUCUCUCAUUUGGGGAGGCUUAAGAUGAACUACAAGGCUUCCAAUGCUACUCUUAAGAAUAGAGGCCAUGAUAUGAUGUUGAAAUGGGAAGGCGAUGCCGGAAAUCUUGAAAUAAAUGGAACUGAAUAUGCACUCCGGCAGUGCCACUGGCACACACCUUCUGAACAUACCGUCAAUGGCAAGAAGUAUGACGUUGAGGUCCACUUGGUUCAUGAAAGCCCACAAGGAAACAUCACUGUGAUUGGAAUCUUGUACAAGAUCGGACGGCCGGAUUCUUUCUUGUCAUCGAUGGAGGAUAUAUUGGAAGAAAUUUCUGGUAGUGAAGAAGGAGAGAGAGUUGUUGGAAUAGUUAACCCAAAAAAUAUAAAAAUAGGCAGUAGAAAGUAUUACAGAUAUAUAGGCUCUCUUACAACUCCUCCUUGCACCCAAAAUGUUGUUUGGACUAUUGUCAAAAAGGUAAGGACUGUGACAAGAAAACAAAUGAGAUUGCUUCGUGUAGCCGUUCAUGACGAUUCGCACACAAAUGCAAGACCACUACAGGCAAUAAAUAAGCGAUCGGUGCUAAUGUAUAGGCCAAGAGAGAGAUAAUUGCAUGUUUUGGGAAUAACGUUGGGAAUAUCUGGAGACGCUGGUUUAAUUAGUAUAUGAAAGAUUUUUUAUUAUUUUAUUUUCAUCAUAGGUUAAUAUAUAUCAUCAGAGGGAUUACUUUUCCUCUUCUUUUGUUAUAUGAUAAUGAGUGCUAUUAUGAAUAAAUGGUUGUUUAGUAA